AUGUUUUGUUGUGAUCUAUUGGAAUCAAAGGAAAAUCAAGUGGUGUUAGACUUUGACGAACAUGCAUUUGAUGCUAUUCUUAACUGUGUUCAUUCUGGAUUGUUUUGUAUGCAUAUGGAUUAUGUGAUUAGUUUUUACGAUGCAGCUGAUUAUUUGAUGAUAAAUGAACGUUUGUUGCAACCUUGUCUCUCUUACUUUAAUGAAAAUUUUACAAUCGGACAUAUUCCAGUCGUUCUAAGGCAAGUCACCAAAGUGUCUAAGUUGAUCAAUUUAGGAUCAAUUGAAAGCUUCAUUUGUCGCCAUUUCUUGACGAUUACUAAUACGGAUAUUUUCCUGAAUUACCCAGUUGAGAUAAUUGAAGCUAUUCUCAAACUAGAUUUAAUGGUUUACUCUGAAUAUCAAAUUUUUGAAUCAAUCAUGAAAUGGGUCCUUGAAAAGGUUGAUUCUCGCAAAGCUUUACUUCCUCAGCUAUUAAAAUUUGUCCGUUGGUCUUACAUGGAUUUUGGUGAUAUUUCUACGAUAAAAAAUGAUGAUUUAAUAAAAGCGCUACCAAAUUUGGAUUCAAUAUUUAAAUCUUCAUAUGUUGGAUUCAAUCGAUGCAAACAAAACUUCUUUGUUUCUAUCCAUCAAAGAGAUACAUCAACACUAAAAAUAAAUGCGUUUGAUAAUGACUUUUUCUGUUUCACGAUUGGUGAUUUUACACAAGACGAUUCAAUGUCACUUGAGUUUGUUCAUGGAGAACAUAUUUCAGAUAUUCUAUUUGAUUCUGGAACAAGAGGAAUCCGAAUUGAUUGGGUAAAAAAGACAUUUAGAUGGCUUCAAUUUAAAGUUGCUGGUAAAAAUUAUUACAGUCAGUUAAUGAAAUUCUUUGUACAGUUUGAACUCAAUAACUUUUCCUGUUAUUUGGAAGACAAAGAUGCAGAACUUCCUGAUUGUAUAAACAAUGAAGAGAGCCUGCUAUUUGAAUCGAAUGGUAAAUUCAUCGUAAUUUGUAAAACUGAAGAAGAGGAUAAGUGGGUUGGUCUUUUUCCAGUUUUUCAUGAAAGUUGGUUCAACAAUUAUAGCCAUCAUGAACACUCUUUCAAAGCCACUGUUUUGGACGAUGUUGUUUACAUAUUGACAAAAGGCCUCGAAUUCAUACAAUUCAAUUACAAAACUAAAUCCUUCGAAAAGAAUGAGCCAUUCAAAGACCAGAAAUUGAAUUUCGAUGAUUUAAUUUUAACUUCUCAGCCAACAAAGGAUGAUAAAGUAAUUUUAGUCAACAAAUCGACUGGAAAAGUGCACAUUUUGCGUAUUAAUCAGAAGAAUUGGGUUGAGAAAUGUUGAAUCAUGAAUGCAAGCUUGUUUUCCAACAGUCCUUGUGCUCCUGUUGAUAAGUUAAUUGCCUUUACCUCAACGUUUUUACCGAUGAAAGUUAUUGAACCGUUGUAUCAACAUAUUGCAAAUUAAUUUUAUGCUUACCGAUGUAACUUUAGUUCCUCUCUAGGCCCUAAAUUUCAGGCUAUAAGUUUGGAGUUCAACUUUUUUACCAAUGAAUUUAAUCAAACCUCAGUUUGAACUCAACUUUAAUUGUGAAGAAGUCAAUCAGUUUGAAAUAAAUGUAAGAUUUUUUA